GAACAAAUAUCCCACCCACUGAAGGGAGGGGGCGUCUUCUCUUCUUCCUUGAUUUCCGCUCGUGGGUGAGACGGCGGUGCUUGCUUGGCUGGGAGCAAGUUUGGAAAAAGUUGCAUCGAGUGGUGAAUUCUCAGCCUUUUCUGCAGCAAGACUCCCUCCAAGACUGUCGUGAUGAGUCUCCAGUGGGCUGCCGUGGCCACGUUCCUGUAUGCAGAAGUCCUCCUUGUCUUUCUCCUGUGCAUCCCCUUUAUCUCUGCAACAAGAUGGCAGAAGAUUUUCAAGUCUCGCGUGGUGCAGCUCGUGGUGGCCUACGGGAACACCUUCUUUGUCGUGCUCAUCGUCAUCUUGGUCCUGUUGUUCCUUGAUGCCAUUCGUGAGAUCCGGAAGUACGACGAUGUGACGGAGAAAGUGAACCUCCAGAACAACCCUGGGGCUGUGGAACAUUUUCAUAUGAAGCUUUUCCGAGCUCAGAGGAACCUCUAUAUUGCUGGCUUCUCCUUAUUGAUGGCCUUCCUGUUGAGACGCCUGAUCACUCUCAUCUCCCAGCAUGCCACUGUCUUGGCCUCGAAUGAAGCCUUCAAGAAACAGGCGGAAGGGGCCAGCGAUGCAGCCAGGAAAUACAUGGAGGAGAAUGACAAACUGAAGAAGGAGCUGAAGCUGGCCGGAGUGGAGGUUGCGGAUCUGGACACCAAAGGCGCUGGGGCUGAAGAGGAGAACAAAGCCCUGCAGGCUGAAGUGAAAAAGCUGAAGGAGGAAUUGACCUCUACAAAGAGAGCCUUAGAGAAAGCCGACCAUGAGGCACUGGCGAUGCGCAAACAGGCUGAAGGACUGACCAAGGAGUACGACAGGCUGCUGGAGGAAUACGUCAAGGUCCAGGCAUCGCAUGAGGGCCCAAAGGACAAGAAGGAAGAAUGAUUUCCAGUUCUGCAUCUCCUGUGGGUCUCUGCCCCGUUCCCUGGUUGCUAUACAUUCAUCUUUUGUAGGUGGGGGGCAGGACCAAAUGGAUCGCCUUCCUCCCUCAUUCUGGACACAGAUUUGGUUGGUACACACACACAUCUCGCCUUCCAUUUUGCUCCCUCGCUCCAGAUGUAUUCACCUUAUUGUUUUGGGCUACAAUUCUCAGAAUUCCCCGAGCCAACAUGGCUAGUGGCCAUGCUGGGAGUUGUAGCCCUCAGGAGUCACUUUUGCAGGCUCUGCUCCCAACCCUCUUUCACAAUGACCUUGAUGCUAUUGCUUUUGAGUGGACGUUUAAUGCUCUCUGACUUGUCCCCGUCUUCUCUCUCUCUUUCCGUCCACUGUUUUUUUUUUCCCUGGAUAAGAGGUGACUGUGAGCUUUCUGGAAUGAUGCUACUCCCUUGUCUCUGCAUCCCAGAUAAUUCCCCCUCCCCCACAGGUAAAAUGAAGCUUUCCCUUCUGGAGAGGCAGGUGGGGCUGGAUUUCACCAGGGCCAGAAACACUUCUGUGUUGCGGUGAGGGGGGUACUGGCUAUUUCAGUACGUGCUCUUAGUCCUGCCCCUCAUCUUUCAGGACUAGUGCCUGCUCCCCUAGAAUCUUGAGUAUCUCUUUGUUCUCUCUAACGUUGGAACAUGGACAUGAGUGGGGCACCUCCCAGUGCAUUGAUGGGCUCCUCUUGUUUUUUGCUGGGGUGAUAAGGGAAAGUUCCGGCCCUGGGUCCAUACUCCUCCAUUUUGUUUUAGGGGGGGCGGGGUUGGUGAUGUGUGGUUUUUUUAUAUACAUAUAUAUAUUAUAAACAAGAUGUCUGUAAAAAGCUUCACAUUAAAUCUCUGGAACAAUGUA